AUGAAUGGCACGAGGCGUUUAAUAAGUGUCGGACUACCUGUUGCUGUCACUGCUAAGGCAACUUUGGCCCGUGAUGAACAAAGGCCAGGUGUAGAAACAGGACUAGGCUCGAGCGGAAGUGCUAUGGAUGGCCUACUACCCUCGUUGCCCGGCUCAUAUGAUGACGUAGAUGACGACUCGGCGGCUCUUCACGAAUAUAUGAUACUAUCGCGAGAUGGCGCUGGCGCCAUCCGUGCUCCGUCAUUUGUUGAAGAUACCACAAGCGAUGAGGACGACGACGGUGACAUGUCGCGGGACUUAUCCAAAGCUCUAGAUAUGUCAUCAUCGUCAUCCUCCAGCCCGCGCGCCAGAAAUAUGCGGCACCGCAGUUCUGUGAGCACAAUAUCUGCAAUCUUGCACCAAGGAAGUUCUGGCCAGGAAGACACGACUAGAAGCCUCAGUGUUCCUGUAGAACAAGAAAAACCUACUUUACUUGCUAGAGUCUCGAAUAUAUUUUUUAGGAGGAACAGUACACCUAGAGACAAGCAUACACAUUCUGAGCGUCCCGCGAGCCGCUCAGAUCCGGAGAGAUUGGCGGUUACAUCUGCAGCUGCGCAGUCUUUGCGCCGCCAACAGCAACUGGAAGACGCUCAGUACGCUCGAGUAAUCGCAAACUUUCGCACCAUAGGAUGGUGCUCUCCCAGCGAGAUCAAGUCUGUGGAAUAUAAACGGUCUUUAAUCAAUGCGGAGUGGGACGAAAAGAUCUCGCUUUUGUCUCACGCGCAGUGCUAUAAAUAA